UGCAUUGAUAAAAUGCUAACUCUCGAAUCGCUGCGGGUGUGGUGGCGGCAUCAGUUGGAUCGUGUCAGUCUACGGGAUUUUUUCGGUUGUACGGAUUUCUGGCAUUACCUUAAGCGAAAGAUUGCACCGGAUGAGGAACAAGUGCCGACUGAACCCGUUACAUCUGACAAAAUGAACUACCACAAAAAGCAAUCCUCCAAAGUUGGCUGGAUACUUGCACCAGCAUUUCUAAUUAUUUGGCCUGCAAUCUUGUAUGCCAUUGUCAUACCACUUUUCCUAUCAUUACCCGAAGGAAUUACAAUCGCAAGCGAGAGCUCAUAUCCUGGUCAAUUCAUAGCCGAGCGUGCCGAAAAUAUACUAUACGAUUUCAAUCAUAUCGGACCAAAAGUGGUGGGAAGUGAUGCAAAUGAAAACCAUACAGUGGAACUGCUUAAAAAUGAAUUGGAAAAGAUUAGAAGUGCUAUGCAUGAGGAUCUCUUCGAAUUGGAUGUCGAUGUGCAGGUUGUCUCUGGUGCUUAUAUGCAUUGGCAAAUGGUGAAUAUGUAUCAGGCGGUGCAAAACGUUGUGGUACGCAUUAGGAGUAAAAAUUCCACCAGCGAAGCGGCCUUACUCAUGAACAGCCAUUUUGACUCGAAACCUGGCAGUCCAGGUGCCGGCGAUGAUGGCACUAUGGUUGUUAUAUUGCUCGAGACUCUGCGCGUGCUCGCCACAACUCGUCAAACUUUCACACAUCCAAUUGUAUUUCUAUUCAAUGGCGCCGAAGAGAAUCCUUUGCAGGCUUCACACGGUUUUGUUACCCAACACGAAUGGGCUAAAAAUUGCAAAGCGGUCAUUAACUUGGAUUCAGCAGGUAGCGGUGGUCGCGAAAUUCUCUUCCAAUCCGGACCUAAUCACCCAUGGUUAAUGAAAAUCUACCGUCGUAACGCUAAACGCUCGUUUGCGACAACAUUCGCAGAAGAAUUAUUCCAAUCCGGCAUUAUACCUUCGGAUACAGAUUUUAGAAUAUUUAAAAAUUUCGGUGAUAUACCUGGCUUGGAUAUUGCACAUUUUAAAAAUGGCUAUGUAUACCACACGGAAUUCGAUAGGAUUGAUGUUAUACCACGUGGAACGCUACAAUCUACGGGUGAUAAUAUAUUGGCUCUGGCGCGUGCUUUCAGCAAUUCUACAGAAUUAAAAGAUCCAGAGAAUCAUGCCAGUGGCCAUGCAAUCUUCUAUGAUUUCCUCGGACUUUUCGUCAUUGAAUACACCGAAGAUACAGGCAAAAUUAUUAACACAGCCGUUGUUGUUGUUGCUCUAGUACUAGUGGCAAUAUCCCUAUGGUGUAUUGCUGAAGAUUCUUUCAUUUCCAUCUGCAGCGUGUUCAAACUCUUCUCGCUGAUAUUCAUUCUACAUUUGGUGGGCUGGAUAUUGGCUCUCGCUUUGCCUUUACUUGUGGCAGUUGCACUCGAUAGUGCUGCAAGUCCCAUGACUUGGUUUACAAACAAAUGGCUAGUUUUGGGCUUAUAUGCUUGCCCGGCACUCUUCGGAUUGAGCGUGCCCACCAUACUCUAUCUGAGCAUAAGUCGGAAUGAUAAAGUAUCACACCCAUAUCGCCUUCAACUGGUCUAUCACGCGCACACACUAAUCCUCUCGGUGGCUUGUAUUGCUCUCACAUUUGUUGGCAUACGCAGCUCGUACUUUCUAAUGAUUUCACUAAUCUUCCAAGACAUCGCUUUGAUAAUAAAUUUUGUGACCACGCUCUAUCGAAGAGCCUAUUACUGGUCCAUUUUCAUCACGCUGAGUCAAAUUAUUCCCUUCCUCUACUUCACCUCUAUUUUUAAUGCUUUGCUUAUCGGCUUUAUUCCUAUGAUGGGCCGAUUUGGUACCGCGACUAAUCCGGAUUUGAUUAUCGGUCUGCUAACAACUUGGGGAACCCUGUUGGCCAUGGGUUAUUUGAUCCCACUGUUAAAUACAUUCAGACGCCCUAAAUUGGUUCUGCUCAUCUUUCCUAUUGUGGCAAUAGUUGUUGGUGCUCUCACGCUAACACUGAUCGGAUUCCCAUACCGUCCUCAAACUAAUGUGCAGCGGGUCAAUUUCUUGCAAGUACAACGCGUAUUCUACGAGUACGAUGGAUCCGUAAGUCUCAAUGACUCUGGUUAUUAUUUCGACUUCCAAGACAGGCGCAGACAUCUUCCCCUCGAAUCCUAUGUCGAUCUAGAGGAUUUAUAUUACGUAAGCAAGAAUUGUUCCACAUAUAUGUUUUGCGGUGUACCCGUGUUUAACCACCGCAUGCAAAAAGCGGUUAAAUAUGCCGCUUGGCUACCGCGUGAAGAGCCCAUCGAAUUGCCCGGCAGAGCCAACCUUACACUCAUCAGCAAAACUGCCAAUGCUAGCGACGAAAGCGUACGUUUCGAAUUCGAACUGCAAGGCCCACCGCAUAUGAGCAUCUUUGUGCAACCAAUCGACGACGUAGUGGUGAGCAGUUGGUCGUUCUUGGAAGAAAUGAUUCAGAACAAGGCCACAUAUCAGCCACCUUAUCACAUCUAUUUCUCUUAUGGCAAGGAAAAUACGCCAUUAAGUUUUUACAUUGAUUUGAAGAAAGAUGACAGUGACUUUGAUGAACCCCUUAUGCAGCUGGGUAUUUCAGGGCACUUCGUGAGCGCUGAAUGGGAACGAGAUGCCGAGACGAAGAAAUUCCUCGCAGAACUUCCACCAUACGCUUAUGCCAUGGAGUGGCCCACCUCCUAUGAUGUCUAUACAUUUUAAGCAGAGAUAUACAUACAUAUAG